AUGUCAUUAAAUAUCAAUUUUGAUCAUAAUUGGAGUUAUUAUCAUCAACCAAUCAUUGCUAAUGAUGAUAUAGCUAAUUCAACUGUAACAGAUAUAGUGGAUAAUUUUAAUUGGUCUCCAGUAGAAUUGCCACAUAUAUCUCGUACUAAAAGUGAAACGACGUUUACUAAUAAAUCUGAGAAAUGGUGGUAUCGAAAAUAUUUUCAAUGCAUAUUAUCAGAUUCACAAUUAGAACAAUCUGUCAGUCUAACAUUCAAAUCACCCGAUAAUAAUCAUCGUAUCUCACCAGCUAUCUCUUCCGUCAUUUGGCUUGAUGCAGUUAAUAUAUUCUCUGGUGUACUACAAACACCUCAAACAUCGAUAGAUUUGCCAAAGACAUUACUGUAUUCAUCUGAUAUGGAAAAUCGUAAUUACCAACAUACAUUGAUAGUAUGUAGUAUGGAUGCAUGUCUUUCGUUUAGUGCUUCGCUGAUACUACCGCAUGAUGCUAUCAUUAGUAUUAAAGACAUUCAUGACAAUGCAACUAUAAGACGUACCAGCGAUUUCAGUCAGAAACAUGAUAAUAUUUACAAUUACGUUGCUUCUUUUGAUGAUGUCAACAAACAUAAUACCAAUACUUCAGAUUCAAAACGAGUAUCAUUACCAACAUACGACAAACAAGAAUCUUUUGAUACUGUCACUGAGAAAAUAAUUAAUGAAGAAAAUAAUCAAAUUGCUGAUGUGAAUCGCACUAAGGUUCCUCUUCUUACUAUUGUCAUGUUAAUUGUUGGCUCAAGGAGCGACAUCGAACCUAUUAUUGCUUAUGGUAAAGCUCUUCGUGCCGUUGGUCAUCGUGUCCGAUUAGCUACCCAUGAAAAAUUUCGAAAGUUUGUUAGAGAUAAUGAUCUUGAAUAUUUUCCUUUGGCUGGUGAUCCAGAUGAGAUUAUGUCAUUUAUGGUAAAUAAUUCUGGUAUAGUUCCAUCGAUUAGUAGUAUUUUAAAAGGCAAUCUAUUUCGAAGACGUCGUUUAUUUUUCGAUAUUCUCAAAUCAACAUGGUUAGCUUGUACGAAUAAUGAUGAUGAGACUGAUGCUUCAUUUCAAGCUGAAGUAAUCAUUGCUAAUCCAAUCUCAUAUGGACAUAUACAUUGUGCGCAAAAACUUGGUAUUCCAUUGCAUAUGGUAUUUACUAUGCCCUACUCACCGACAAUUGCUUUUCCACAUCCACUAGCCAAUAUUGAUUAUUCGACAGCAUCGAAUGAGCGAAUAAAUGUAUUUUCCUAUAGUUCAGUUGAAACAUUGAUGUGGUUAGGUAUUGGUGAUCUUAUUAAUAAAUUUCGUCGCACUAUUCUUGAUCUACCCUCAUUAAAUAUAUCUCAAGUUAGAUCAAUGAUGGUUGAUGAGAAAGUACCUUACACAUAUUGUUGGUCACCUUCACUGGUUCCUAAACCUUCAGAUUGGCCAUUUUAUAUUGAUGUCUCAGGAUAUUUCUUUUUGAAUCUUGGAAGAAAUUACACAACACCACCCGAUGAUCUAUUAGCAUUUCUUGGUCUUCAAUCUAAUUUAAAUAAUCAUAUAGAUGAAACAUCACUACCAAUCUUUAUUGGUUUUGGUUUAAUUAUCGAUCAUGAUUCACAUCGUCUUCUUGACAUUAUACUUAAAUCUUUGAUGCAAACUGGUUAUAGAGCAUUACUUUCUGGUUUUGAUAUAGAUUCUAAUCAGUUACCUAAAAAUAUAUUUAAAAUUGACGAUAUUCCACACGAUUGGCUCUUUCAAUAUGUGUCAGCAGUAUGUCAUCAUGGUGGAGCAGGUACAACAGCAGCUGCUCUUCGUGCUGGUAAACCAUGUAUCACUAUUCCUUUUUUCGGUGAUCAAUUCUUUUGGGGCCAUAUUGUUGAGAAAAGUGGUGCUGGUCCUCCACCACUACCUGGAAAAGAUAUAACUGUCGAAAAAUUAGUAGAAGCAUUUGAAUAUGUUCAUAAACCAACAACACAAAUUGCCGCUAAACGUCUUCAAGAAGCUAUAUUGUUGGAAGAUGGGUGUAAAGCAGCAGUACAUUCCUUUCAUGCUAAUCUUCCUAUAUCACAAAUGCAGAGUGAUCUAGAAUCAACCUAUGCUGCUUGUUUUCGUUUGGAUGAAUUCAAUCUACAAGUAUCUUAUCCAGUUGCUGAAGUACUUCUGUCAGCAGGUGUUGUUGAUGAAUCACAAUUUCGUUAUCAUUCUACUCGAGAAUGGAAACUGACCCAUCACAACAAUACAAGCACAUCGAACGUUCAUGAGCGCCCAUCUGUUGAUGAUUUUCAUUUAUCCACAGCGACUAGUAAAUGUUCACCAUGUUGUAAUUCGAAGAAUGAUGCACAAGAUGUUAAUGGUAAUCGUAAAUCUUCAGGUAGCGUAGUAGGAAGUUUGAUCGCUGAUGUCAAUAGUACAAUGAAGCCCAUCAUAAAUGUACUUCUUUCAAUGACUGAACUAGAUCAAAGUAAAUGCAGAAAUACGAAGAAAGAUUUAAACAAAGCAAUUACCUCAGACAAACGUAAUAGUAUUUCAAGGUCGUUAUCAACUAACAAUGAAGAUCUGAAACUUUAUAAUUUUGAUGAAAUUUCAAUACUUGCUCAUGAUGCAGCAAAUAUAUCAGGUUUUACUCCAGAAGUGUGCCAAAAUAUUUUACUUCAAUUUAUGACACUCAAAAAUCAACUGGUACAAACACCAAAAUUUUCGCUUCCAAAGCACCAUAGAUCACAGCUUUAUACCCUUGGACGAAGUCAGUCGUUUGAUGAUUUUUAA